AUGAGUACAAACAAUAACAAUACAAAUUCAACCAAUCCACAACCACAACAACCACAACAACCUCAAAAUAAUGGUGAUGUUUUAAUAGGAAAUGUAGUUCAAAAUUUAUUAGAGCAAAUGCAAUCUAGAUUUGAAAAAGUAUCAGAAUCAAUUUUAACCAGAAUUGACGAAAUGGGACAAAGAAUUGAUGAAUUAGAUAAAUCAAUUUCAGAUUUAAUGUUACAAGCACAACAACAAAAACAAAUUCAACAACAACAACAAUCUCAACAAGAAUCAUCCGACCAAAAUAACGAAAAUCAAUCAAAUUAA